AUGAUGUUGGUUCAACAUCCAAUUGGAGCAGCACUUUUCGGUAUUGGUAUUGUGCUAUUCGUGUUCGCCAUACUGGCAUUCGUCGGUGUGUGUUGCAAUUUGAGCAUAUUCCUAAUCAUCUACGCAAUACUUCUGGGCGUUUUGAUCAUCGCGCACACUAUUUUCCUGAUCAUUUACUUUUUGAAGAAGGAUGUGGUGUUAGGAUACGUACGAAGGCUCCUGGAGAAGCAAACGCUGCUGUACAAAUCUCUCGAGAGCAAAGACCCAGACAGCGUACUCCUGGGUGCCUUGAUGACAACGCUUCAUUGCUGUGGAUACAAUAAUGGCUCAGACUUCUACAAAGAAGGUGCACAGUUUACACACAGAGAUUCAUACGACGGUCGAGAGUUUAUAAAUAUUUCAUAUCCAUUACCGUGCUGUAAUUCUAAGGAGUCAAAGAAAUUACUAGCUUCUUAUAUACAAGGGGGUGGAAAACCUGUUACCAGUGUUCCGCUCAUGUGUCCCUACGUGUUUACGGAGGAAAACAGUCACUACAAUAUUGGUUGUCGUGAAACGGUUGAGAAAGAAUUGGUGAAAAUCUGCGACUUUGCUGCUUACGUGUCCAUCGGGCCACUUUUGCUUGAGGUUAUCCUCUUCAUUCUGGCUGUGGCAAUCGUGAUUUUGCGCAAGAAGGAAUAG